UUUAAAGCAAAAACUAAUAACUUGUUACAUUUUCCGGACAGCCAGCAUUUCACAACAUGAACACAACCAAAGACAGCUCACAGCCCUGGUCUAUUGUAAUUUGUUUCCAAUUUAGCAAUUCUGUCAGCAUUUGGCUGGUAAAAGUUUCCUUUUUUCACCAAUCAUAUCCGGUAAAUCGGAAGCUUUUUCACCCCUGGGGUCCCUUUACAUGCCAGAAUGGAGUCUCUUCAGUGGGUAAUAGACCUUCUACAGAUCACAAUGGAUCCUCUACAAGGAAAAAUGUACCAUCUCCAGGCUGACUUGUCGCUCCGUGAUGAUAAAUAAUUAUCUACAUUCCAGAAUGGGCCCUCUACAACCUGUGUGACCCAUCUAGGUGCAACCAAUCUAGGAUGAUGAACACUUAAGGCGAUAGUGGGCUCUACGGGCCUGAAUAACAUAUAUACAGACCAGAAUGAGUCAUGCGCAGGGAAGAAUGGUCUCAACAGUCAAUGAUGGAUCACCUAGUAGUAAUAACUGGCACAUGGAUAAAGUGCUUCCACGUCGAUCCCAAACAGUCUAAGGGUUCUUGGAAACUAAAGAUAAUAAACCCGAUUAAUGUGCUCAAAGAGCCCCGACGGGUUGACCAGGAGUCAUAAUAACCAAUCCCGGUCGUGCGGACAAGGACCUUCGAAUGUCAUUAAGAACACCUCCUGCACCAAUCCCUGGAACAAUUCAUGGUUCCCAUGCUCGCCAGAGUUCGUAGCUGGUGAUAUUGCGCCAGAGGCUGAUGAGAAGACACUGGUUAUAUGGCAUCGGAUAGGCUCGCAGUUCAUACAGAUCCUCACGUGCCCACUGUUGGAUCACUGACGCGUACAUCCUGCGCACGGGUUCGUAGAAGACAUUGGCGAGAGAACCGCCUUCUGGUUGCUCGGGAUGUACGUGAGAUGGCGCAGGGGUGGGGCGCCCACCUGAAAACCAUUAUGUUGCGUGCUAGUCGUGGUUAUUCAUCUUGCAACGAUGAAUGUGUGGGCGGCGCCGCCGGCCGCCUUUGUCGCUGUGUUGGAACGGCAUCGGAUUGUGCAACAGGUUUGGCUGACAUUUUCUCCAACUCGUCGGCUGAGCGAGGGUCGGUCGCCUCAGGAUGACUGGGGGCCGUAACCCGAGGCGCGUCCUAUUACGGACUGGUCCUGGCGCGUGCUUUCUUUGUAUGACACGGGUAAAGGGCCUCGGUCAAACACCAGGGGCCCAUUUACCUAAUGCAAAUGGAAACGGCACAGCGAUGUCACCGGUAGCUCGCGUCAGGCGGGCCCUUUGACUACGUCAUGGACCUCGAUGGGAGCACGAACACUCCGGCAACUGAUAUAUACUCCGGCAACGGCAACUCUGGCUGCUCAGGGGCUCGCUGGAAACUCAGAGCAUGACUGGAAAUCGCGUGGAGCCCCGAAAGAGACCUCUUCCCGUGGGCCCGGAAACCCUCAUGGGCUGUUGGUUUUGAACCUGGAUUUCCGGGAAUUUCAAAACGGGGAAUCCGAGGAAGAUGUCCGAUGAGUCUCUAGAUGGCUCCAUAUCAAGACCCUUUUCGGGGUGCCCGGCUUAAAACACAGAUGACCAACGGAGGCCUUGAUGUCAACACCAUGGCACCUCUCUGCUGAAAUGCAUACCUACGAAAAAAAACGGAGCCCUUGAUCGACCAGGGGAAUCCGGCGAGAUAACUUAAAUCCGCGGAUCGAGAUGGAAGGUGCCGACUGCUGAUAUCGCAAUGCAUGGACGCUGGACGGGAACCUGAGUGUCGGCGUUCUGCUGAUGCUGAGACCAGGUGAUCGGCAUCCAUUUGUUUUGCUAAUUUGAGCGUGGUUGGAUGAUAUCGGAGAAUUACUAGAAACCAUGAAAAAAGAGAAAUCGCGGGUACAGUGGACAAACCAUCAUCUUUUGAGUACAAACAGCAAACUCAUGAUGCGACCGUGUGGUUCAAAUCUGACUUUUGCUAUGAUAUAAAAGUCAAUGGCAAAUGGGUUGCGUCUCUGAAAUAAUGUGUAUACGUUUCCUGAGUCCAUCUCCAAUGAAUCGGAACGCACAGACAAAGAAAUUGGUGUUACCUGUUGGCUUUGCCGCAGUCAUGUCUCGCGUGGUCUGCAUUGAUGACCUUAAGCAGGCGGCACUGGCCCGUCUGGACAAGAAGGCCCUGGGCUACUACAACAGCGGGGCUGACGGAGAGCAGACGCUGAGGGACAACGAGGCCGCGUUCCAACGGUACCGCCUGCGUCCACGCUGCAUGGUGGACAUCUCCACCAUUGACCUGACCCACACGGUACUGGGUCAAGAGGUCAGCAUGCCCAUCGGCGUGGCACCGACUGCCAUGCAGGCGAUGGCGCAUCCCGAGGGCGAGUGCGCGACCGCCAGAGCGGCGGAGGAGAUGGGGGCUGUGUUCGUCCUGAGCAGCGGGUCAAACAAGAGCAUAGAGGAGGUGGCAGACGCAGCGCCACGUGCCAUCAAGUGGUGCCAGCUGCACAUCUUUAAAGAUAGGUCGACGACAGUGAAGAUGGUUCAGCGGGCGGAGCAGGCCGGCUUCUCGGCCAUCGUGCUCACCGUGGACGCUCAGGUGUUCGGUAAAAGGCUGGCCGAUGCCAGGAACGGAUUUCAGAGGCCUCCACACCUCAGAUUGGGCAACUUUACAUCGGACGUCGACAAGGCAUGCCAUCGGGGAGACAAUGAGUACGUGGAGGCCUUGUUCGACUUGUCGGUAACGUGGGACGACCUCAGCUGGCUGUGCAGCGUCACUCAGCUGCCGGUGCUCGUCAAGGGCGUGAUGACGCCAGAGGACGCCGCCGCCGCCGCCGACCGCGGCGCCAGCGGCGUCAUCGUCUCCAACCACGGCGGCCGCCAGCUGGACGGCAGCCUGGCGACGGUGGACGCGCUGGGCCCGAUGGUGGCCGCCGUCGGUCACCGCUGUCCCGUCUUCAUGGACGGCGGCGUGCGGCGCGGCACCGACGCGCUCAAGGCGUUGGCGCUGGGCGCGCGCAUGGUGUUCGUGGGCCGGCCGCUGCUCUGGGGCCUGGCGUACGACGGACAGCGCGGCGCCCGGCUGGCGCUGCAGAUGCUGCACAGCGAGCUCCAACAGGCCAUGGGACUCUGCGGUGUUACGAAGGUGGCUGAUGUAACUGAAGACGUUUUCGAGCAAUCAGAAGCGCUCACAGCUGUAAUGCAAGAGACCCAAGAACCAUGACCAACUGGUGAUGUUCCCACAUCUGCAGCACGCUGACGUCUGUUUUAGGGAUCUGCACAUCCUACCUGUUAGAUAAUUCAUGAGACGACAAGGACCGUGACGCUUCGAUGAUGGAAUAUGGGAUUUAUUACAGAAUGGGGUAGUGGUAUGUUAUUUGUCAGCUCAGUUGUGGUUGCCUGGGACUAGAGCUAUGAACUUGUGGGCAAUAGGAUGUGCUCGAUACGCAGUUCUCCGUGUUUAGCAAUGAUGUGUUUUACAGGUACCACGGAGGUGGCGAGUGGUAACCGAAAAAAGUCCUAGCGAAAUUGGAGCGAUCACAGGUGUGCCACACGGGGCUAAAAAAAACAUUGAAAAAGGCCAAACAUUCAGCACGUAAAAGCUAAGCAAUGUUUUAUGAACAUGGAAGGCAAGCUGUUGCGUAGUUCAAAACACACCAGAACAGUGAUGCGCGAACAGGAAUGAUAAUGUGUACUGUGCAAUGGUGCAAUGGUGCUCCAUUCGUCAAUAAAUAGGGAC